GGGAGCCGGGAGGAGGAAGCCGGCGUCCGACCCGUCAGCAGCCGGCGGUGGUCCGAGGGGCGGCGGCCGCGCUGCUCCUUGCGAGCCGGUCCGGCGGCCGGCCCGAGGGCGCGGCGCCAUGAAGCUCUACAGCCUGAGCGUCCUCUACAAAGGCGAGCCGAAGGCGGUGCUGCUCAAAGCCGCGUACGACGUGUCCUCCUUCAGCUUCUUCCAGAGGUCCAGUGUUCAGGAAUUCAUGACCUUCACAAGUCAACUGAUUGUGGAGCGCUCAGCGAAAGGCAGCAGAGCUUCUGUCAAAGAACAAGAAUAUCUGUGCCAUGUUUACGUGCGAAAUGACAGUCUUGCAGGAGUGGUCAUUGCUGACAGUGAAUAUCCAUCCCGGGUGGCUUUUACCUUGCUGGAGAAGGUUCUGGACGAAUUCUCCAAGCAGGUCGACAAGGUAGAGUGGCCAGUUGGAUCCCCUGCUACUAUCCACUAUGCAGCCCUGGAUGGUCACCUCAGUAGAUACCAGAACCCCCGAGAAGCUGACCCCAUGAGUAAAGUACAGGCUGAACUGGAUGAGACCAAGAUCAUUCUGCACAACACCAUGGAGUCUUUGUUAGAGCGAGGCGAGAAGCUAGAUGACCUGGUGUCCAAAUCGGAAGUGCUGGGAACACAGUCUAAAGCCUUCUAUAAAACGGCCCGGAAACAAAACUCGUGCUGUGCAAUCAUGUGAGGGCAACCAUCGGAGGCCCCUGCCCUGGAACGUCACCGUCAUUCACAUCAGAACUGCAGCCCCUGGAGACACAGAGCUGCCAUGGAAAGAUCCUCAGUGGGGACAGACUCUCAUUUUUCACUUUGGAGCUCCUGGGAGGAGCCGAGGGGUGGUGGAAGGGACCUGGGGGUGGGGAACGUUCAAAUUCACAUGUCUGGUAAUUUUUGAAAAGAUAAUUUGAGGCCCCCAAAGGUGUAUUUUUGGGCCAAAUGAAAUCAUAAACUCUCAGUGACUCCUGUAGAUGUUCAAGGGCUCGUCUCGAACACCCUGGGAAGGCCCUGGGCCCCUGACUUUGUGCGAGGACCCCGGGGAGGUCAGAGCCAGCUCUCUGUUGAUCCCUCAGUAUGCCUUUGGGUUUUAUUUGUACAUUAACUGUAUUAACACUCCAGUAAGUGGAUGUGCACCCUGAUAACACACCUGGGACAGCACAGAGCUUGGGCGUGGCUCUCGGGAAAGAGCUGGGGGCUGAGCAGGGCAUGGGCCAGUGCUUCAGGGCCAAGGACUUGACCAAGGAGGAGACAGUCAUCGGGCUUCACAAAUUCUGAGCUGUCGUUUGCAUUUCUGCUGAGAUUGGCUUCUUCUUGAGGGCAGAGCUCAUCUGGCAAGUUCCACAAAGAUGUCUGGUGGGUGUUUGAAGGGGGAGGCAGGGAGGCACCUGCCCUGACUUGGAGUUCGGCUUUCAACAUCUGGAUCACAGCAGUGUGUGCUGCAGUCUCAUGAUCAGUUUUCAUUUGUCUCUGGUGACAAGACUGUCUUGGCAACCACUUGGGGCCUGCGUGUCUUAGCAAGUGGCCACCGUUACUGGGCACCAAGAGAAGGUGCCAGCUGGCCCGAGGACUCCCAACACCAUGCUUGUGGUCUGAACCAGCAGCCCCCCAGCCCAACUCCAGUAGGAGCACUGCUGAGCCCCCCAAGCAGCACGAGGCCUAUGGCUCUGAGGCCCAGCCCUGGAAACAGGCACGCAGAGCAACCCAGGUGUUGGCCCAGGAGGUUCCGGGCCCCUCUUUGUCUGCCCGGUCCCUCAGGUCUUCCUGCCAUGUUCCACAGUGCCUCCUCGUGCCCUGCUGUGCAUUCUGAGGACACAAGCUCAAGAUGUGCCCUUGGGACCCUGUCCCCACAGAAGCUCCUGCUAGGCUGGCGUCAACUAGUGCAGUCUUGUCCUUGGGGAGCCUUCCUUGAACAUGCUGGUUCUUGCCCUACCCAGGAGGUCCCACUGCCCCAACAGAAGUGCCAGCAGUCCUGAAUUCCCUUGCUGGAGCCUGAAGGUGAGAUCUGUGUGGCUUCUCAGGAUCCCACAUCUAACAGGUUUACCUGCCCACUGCCCUUGUGUUCUGGGCACUGCUGGUCAGGAUUUGGCCACCCCUAAAGUAGCCUGCCAUGUGAUUCUUCUACUGCCGUAGAAGCCCCUGGGAGGCACAGAGCUGGCCUGCCCAUGGGUGCCUGAGAUGGCUGUGGCCUCCCCAACCUCCCCUUGGGAGUGAUUGGGCCGCCUCCGACCAUCUGACUCUCUUGCCUUGGAGGACGCAAGGGAAGGGGUGGAGGUGUGGACUGCGGGGAGGAGGAAGCAGGACCUCAGCACAGUGCGUGUCUGGCUGCCCUUCCAGCUGGGCGGCGAGGGUGGGCCUGGCUCACGCCCUCUGCCUGGCAUUUUCCCUCUCCUGUUGUAUUCAGAUGUUAAAUCAUUUGGCAAAGAGUGUAUUUUAAUAACUGCUGCCUAACUUUUCUCUGUGUUCUGUUUGAGAGGUUUCUGUCUGGAUAAAGUUGUUUGAAAUUCCA